UUAAAGUCGCUAGUUUCACAAUGCUGUGGAGACGGGAGUAGAACAGAGUUGAGUAGGUUGAAGGCAGUAAAAAAAACAUAACAGGUGUGAGGAAUUCAGGGGUUUCCAACAUGGCAUCAUGCGAUACCCUGUACAUCGAAACGGACGGCUCAGAGAUGCCAGCUGAGAUAGUGGAACUCCAUGAAAUCGAAGUGGAGACCAUAGAGACAACAGUUGUUGGAGAGGACGACGAUGAACAGCCCAUGAUCGCUUUACAGCCCCUUGACUCAGAUGAUCCACACUCAAUGCUUCACCAUCAUCAGGAGGUAAUAUUAGUGCAAACAAGAGAAGAGGUGGUUGGUGAGGAUGAUUCGGACAUGCACGGGGACGAUGAUUACGAGGACCAAAUUCUUAUACCUGUCCCUGCCGCUGAAGAGGAAUAUAUCGAACAAACUCUGGUGACUGUCGCCGGGAAGAGUUCGGGGCGGAUGAAGAAGGGGGGAAACGUGAAGAGAAAUAAAAAUAGUUACUUGGGUGCACCGGAGGCCAGUGGUAGAAAAUGGGAACAGAAACAAGUCCAGAUAAAGACUUUGGAAGGAGAGUUUUCGGUGACCAUGUGGGCAUCGGAUGACAAGAAGGAAAUUGACCAUGACACUAUGGUGGAGGAGCAUGUCAUCGGGGAGAGUUCCCCUCCCGACUACUCCGAGUACAUGACAGGGAAGAAGCUCCCGCCUGGGGGCAUCCCAGGGAUUGACCUGUCAGACCCUAAACAGCUGGCAGAGUUCGCCAGGAUGAAGCCACGGAAAAUAAAGGAGGACGACUCUCCCAGGACGAUUGCCUGCCCCCACAAAGGGUGCACUAAAAUGUUCAGGGAUAACUCGGCGAUGAGGAAGCAUUUGCAUACCCACGGACCGCGUGUUCACGUCUGCGCCGAAUGUGGAAAGGCCUUUGUUGAAAGCUCUAAACUGAAGAGGCAUCAACUUGUUCAUACCGGAGAGAAGCCUUUCCAGUGCACGUUUGAGGGCUGCGGAAAGCGGUUCUCUUUGGACUUUAACUUACGCACGCAUGUGCGGAUUCACACUGGAGACCGACCCUACGUCUGUCCGUUCGACGGCUGCAACAAGAAGUUUGCCCAAUCUACCAACCUCAAGUCUCACAUCCUCACACAUGCUAAAGCUAAAAACAAUCAGUGACUGUGAACCAACCAACCACUGUGAGGAUACGCCCCCCGACCCCCAUAUCUUUGCCUCCCUCAGCGGCAGCACCUUGUGCCACCUAAGAGCUAGGAAAUGUACAGAGAAGCAAACAACAAACUCUAAAGAUGAUGCUUCACACCUACCCUGCCACCUUGGCACGAUCUCGAAAGAAAAGCUUAACGUUUCUUCUUGUGAAGAUAGGAAGUUCUUGGACCUGCAACCGAAAAGACAAGUUAUUUAUACUGCAGUGCCCAAAGAGAAAGAAUUGACAUUUUAAAGUUAUGUUCUCCAUCAGCAUAGCAAAAUAAUUGCUUUUAAAUUUUGUACCCUUAUUUUAAGUGUGCAUAUUGUACACUUUCUCUGGCUUAGUGGUAUUAUGCAUGUUUGUUUUCCCUGAGAAUUGAAAUCUAUGAUAGCUCUUCUUGGAGGAGAAUUUGCAGUUUAUUGUACUUCCCUGCUUUUCCCCCCCUGUAAAACGUUUAUUUGGGUGGGUAGGGGUGUUCUUUACAGAUUUUCAUUUUGUAUAAUUGUAACGUACAGAGAUAUUGGAAUCAUGUAAAUAAUAGCAAUGUGAUUUAAGUAGUGUUUUUCUUUUUUCCCUGCACUGCCAGAGAGCAAAAACAUGUCAUAUCCAUCAAAUCCUUUCUGUUUAGUUGAACACACAAUACAACCAGAACUGGUGAUCAGUUGCGUUAUUGAGAUAUUUUUUACAGGCACAAUUAACUUUAGCUAAUAUUGACCUCCCCAAUAAGCGGCCAAUAAAAACCUGUCCGUAAGCAAGCAAUUAUUAGUUUGUUUCAGACAACUUCUACUUUAUGUACAGUAGAUUGUAUUUUUUUUAAUUUAACCAGGUAAGACCCAUUGAGGUCAAACUUCUUUUGCGAGGGUGACCUGGCAAGAAGGCAAAUAAGGAAAUAGCGUGUACAUGAAAUAUUACAGAAAAAUUCUAAAUACAAACAAGACAGUGUCACAAGUUAGAUACAAUUAAAGAUUAGAAACAACUGAAGCUAUUGCAAACAGUGUUGUCGAUCAGUCUUAAAAACAGGCGAGGACACUAAGUCCCCUAACUUUGUCUUUUGAAGCAUGUUUCAGGAUGAAGGGGCAUUAUGGGAGAAAAAAAAAUCCCCAUCUCAGUUCCAGCUUUAGGAACAGACAAGGACAGCAGCGACUGUGAACGAAGACUUUGAGUGACUGAUCUGGUCCGUAAGGAACAGAGAUACAAAGGGAGUUGUCCUAUCAAUGUUUGUACACAAGUGUACCAGUGGUUUAGAGAGGUCCAUUGCACCAUAGCAUACAGUGAUGGGUGAGUGAUCUAGCAUUUGUAAUAAAUCUUAAAACACCAUGA